GGGGUUCUAUGGCGGGCAAAGUACUAAGGGAAAUAUUAAGUCGUGCAGAGUAUGUUGUCAUUUGUGUACAGCUCUGCAGGGUAUGAUGGCGCUAUAUAAAUAAUUUUUGGAAAAAUCAUCAGGUGAUGUGUUGGAACUUUUUGGAUGCAAUACUUUGUAGGAUAACAAGGAGAUGUUGGCAAACUGGUAGAAGACAGAAGGGUUGUGUGCUACUGUGGGAAUGAAUGAAUGAAUGAGGUUAGUAAGUUUAACAUGUAGAGCACAAAUCAUUGGAAUCAGGAUAAAAAUAACUGUUCAGGUAUAUAGAUUGUGAGAGGCUACGUCUCUGCUGGGGAGUUUAUAAACCUACAAAGUAAAGGUGUAGGUGCAAAUACGUCUGUUCUUUAUUAUUGACGUAACUCCAGCAGGUAAAAGGGUGUCGUGGCUCUGUAGAUAUCUGUUAAUGGCAAGUGCUAAAGUCCCUCUAUUUCAAGACCUCUAUGUACGAGAGUAUUACAUUGAAAUAUUUUAAGUAGCAAAGGGUUAAAUGCAGGUCUUCUGCAUGUUCCUGUAUUGUCACAAGCCUUGGUUACUUGCCUCUUAUCUAAUACACAGCUCCCCCACCCAGGCCAAUGUUUCAUCCCUCAUAUUCUGAUGACACAACUCAACAUGCAUGUCUCCAGGGCGUUCUGUGUUUUUUUAGUAUCAUAAGACAGAUAUGUUCGCUGCUUAUAUUACUGAGUAUUGAAGAGAAACCCAACACUAUUUGAGCCAUUACUUGUAAUCUCGAGUGUGGAACUCAUGGCACAUAAUAGAGAAACCAAGUACUGUCUGAACCUGUCCUGAUAAUGCAGUGUGAAGAUUCAAGACAUCAGAAAGCCCAGGGUCUGAUCUGGAUGUCGUACUAAAUUGGAGAGAGGUUCAGCACUGAACCUGUCCUGAUACCUUUUCAAGAUGUUACACCACAUACUUUAGCUGUAAAUGAUUACGUUCUCAGGCAGUCUUCAUGAGGUCUAGACAAGCCCCAGGAGCCAGUUAGAUGUGUCUCCUAUCUGACGGCACCUAACUUCUAAGUCUAUUGUGUAUUAACUUGAAUGGAUACGUAACUUCCCGAUUUCUUAAAUGCUGGCUCCUGGGCAAGUUUUACACAUAAUGGACAGUCUGCUGUUGGGAGGACACUUUAGAUUAGAUAGAGAUGCUGCAGAUGUUCAUCAGUAAAUAGAUGAUGAAAUCUGAUUUCCAAGGAGGUGGUCACGGCCCGUUAAAAAAAAAAACAAAAAAAAACAAGUGUAGUCUGAGCCUGUCCUGAUAAUAUCCGGUCAGGAAGUCAAUGUCAGAUAUGAACUCAGCAGUGUUUGAGGGCUUUAUGAUAAUCUCUGUUCAGAACAGACAGAUAACCUUAGAUUGUCAUUUUAACACUAGAGCAAAACCUAGCACAAUAUGAAUCAAUCCCCUAUAACGUGUAGCAAGUUGAGGUCACGUAAAGGAGACACAGCAUUGUUGGGCUUGCCCACUCUCGUAGAACAUGUAUUAUUGUGGCCCCGGGUUAUGUGGGAUCACUCACUCUGGUUACUCCUACCUUAUGUUGCUAUGACAGGUGUGUUUAUUAUAGUCACACCUUAAGUUUAAAAACAAUUUAUGGGAAUGGCUUAAUAACAGACGCUUAACUUUUUUUGGGCUGUACAGUCCAAUUAGCAACCUGGUACAACAUUUGGCAUCUGUAGAAAGGAAUUACAACCUGUAUGAAUGAGCAAACACAAGGCACGAUUUCAACACCUGUAAAGGGAGACUACAUAGUUCAUCGGUUUGACUGGAAGGUGCUAAGUGUAGCUACACCUUUAAGACUGUGCACCUCCCACCGUGAUGCCAAAGGAACAUGUGACUGACGGGGAAGCAGUGAUAGUGUGUGUGUCCCCGGAGAGGAAGGGAGAUAUUGCACGGGAGGAGAAAACAAAGCACAAAUGUGCCCAAAAUAGGACAGCAAGCAAUUGAGAUAGAAAAGUUCUGGAACAGGGUGGGGAGAGGAAAGCUGAGUAAAAAGACCAGGUGCAGAUGGCUUACUUUAGCUGAAAAGUGAAAAGGGAGGAGGGACUGAAAAAAAAGUGCAUGAGUUUUUAAGAGGAGUGAGCUAAAGAAUUGCAGACUGAGAAGGGCGGUGAAACAGGCGAAGAGAACACCUUUUUGUGGGGGAGUAAACAUUGAGGUGGACAGGUGAGGGUGUGUAGGUCAAAAUAGGAAGUAACUGCGUAGACUUUGAAAGUACAAAGCAGGCAGGGGAAGGGUAGCCAUGCCGCACUUCACUGUCACGAAAGUGCCAGAUCCCGAGUAUGCCGAGCAAGGGGAGAGCUCCAGUCCCACAGGAUGGGCUGAAAGAGAAGACACCUGGGAUAAUGAUAGGAGCCAAACAUCGGUCACAGAGGAGAACAGCAAACUGCUAGAAAUUGACCGGAGGAAGAAUUCAUCUCUGUAUCAGAACCACAGUGAGGAGGGGGAGGAAUCCUACGACAGGAAUCUGGCUCUUUUUGAGGAAGAAAUGGACACUCGGCCUAAGGUUUCCUCCCUGCUGAACCGUCUGGCAAAUUACACCAACCUCCCGCAGGGUGCUAAAGAGCAUGAGGAAGAGAGUGAAGGCAAGAAAAAACCUUCGAAAUCUACUCGGAUGGGAACAAUUAUGGGAGUGUAUCUCCCAUGCCUGCAGAAUAUUUUUGGUGUGAUCCUGUUCCUCCGUCUCCCCUGGGUGGUUGGGACAGCUGGAGUUGUUCAUUCAUUUUUCAUUGUGUUUUCCUGCUGCUGCUGUACAAUGCUUACCGCCAUUUCUAUGAGUGCAAUAGCAACGAAUGGAGUAGUACCAGCGGGUGGCUCAUACUUCAUGAUAUCGCGGGCACUUGGCCCAGAAUUUGGAGGGGCUGUUGGUCUCUGCUUCUACUUGGGAACAACGUUUGCCACUGCAAUGUAUAUCCUCGGAGCCAUUGAGAUAUUUCUGGUUUAUAUCACCCCAGAGGCUGUGAUAUUUGAAGGGCAGGGAGCAGCGGAAGAGUCAGCAGCAAUGCUGAACAAUAUGCGAGUUUAUGGCUCUGGAUUCCUCCUUAUCAUGUCUGUCAUCGUGUUCGUGGGAGUGCGUUACGUGAACAAGUUGGCCUCUCUAUUCCUGACCUGCGUCAUACUGUCUAUUCUUGCCAUCUAUACUGGGGCCCUGAAAUCUGCCUUUGCGCCACCUGAAUUCCCAGUUUGUAUGCUUGGUAAUCGCACUUUGUCAAGUCUUCGUAUAAGUGCUUGCGCUAAAACGGUAGAGAAGGACAACAUGACGUACACCACCGAUUUGUGGAAUCUCUUCUGUCACCCGCCCGGGCAGCUGAAUGCAAGCUGCGACGAGUACUUCAUGCACAACAACGUCACCGAGAUCCAGGGGAUACCUGGACUGACCAGUGGCAUCAUCUCUGAGAACGUGUGGAGCAAUUACAUCCAGAAAGGAGAAUUUAUAGAAAAGGCAUCUUUAAAAUCAGAAGAAGAGCUAGGAUCCCUCUCCCAUGACUAUGUUCUUGCUGACAUCACAACCUCAUUCACGCUGCUUGUUGGAAUAUUCUUUCCGUCAGUGACAGGAAUAAUGGCUGGGUCGAACCGCUCUGGGGAUCUCAAGGAUGCACAGAAAUCAAUCCCCAUUGGAACUAUUCUUGCAAUCCUAACCACCUCGUUAGUCUAUCUCAGCAAUGUCAUCCUGUUUGGCGCCUGUAUCGAUGGAGUAGUGCUCCGAGACAAGUUUGGUGAUGCUGUCAAGGGAACGCUUGUCGUAGGAGCUCUUUCGUGGCCAUCGCCUUGGGUUAUCGUGAUUGGAUCUUUCUUCUCCACCUGUGGCGCGGGACUACAAAGUCUGACAGGAGCGCCUCGUUUGUUGCAGGCUAUUGCCAAGGAUGGGAUCAUUCCUUUCCUGAGGGUGUUUGGUCACGGGAAGAGUAACGGGGAGCCUACGUGGGCCCUUCUGUUAACGGCUGUGAUUGCUGAGCUUGGGAUCCUCAUUGCUUCUCUGGACUUGGUAGCCCCUAUCUUGUCAAUGUUUUUCUUGAUGUGCUAUCUCUUUGUGAACUUGGCCUGUGGAUUACAGACCCUCCUUCGCUCCCCAAACUGGCGCCCUCGCUUCCAUUAUUACCACUGGACUCUGUCUUUUUUGGGAAUGGUGCUAUGCGUAGCUCUUAUGUUCAUAUCCUCUUGGUACUAUGCCAUCAUCUCCAUGGUCAUCGCUGGCAUGAUUUACAAAUACAUUGAGUACCACGGGGCUGAAAAAGAAUGGGGAGAUGGAAUUCGUGGUUUGUCGCUAAGCGCCGCACGGUUUGCCCUCCUGCGACUGGAGGAAGGACCACCACACACCAAAAACUGGCGACCACAACUCCUCGUACUGGUUAAACUGGACUCUGAUCUACAUGUUUCCCAGCCUCGCCUUCUAUCUUUUGCCUCUCAACUGAAAGCUGGAAAAGGCUUAACCAUUGUGGGCUCUGUUUUGGUAGGAGAUUAUCUGGAGAAUUAUGGGGAGGCUGCAGCAGCAGAGCAGGCACUGAAACAGCUGAUGGAGCAGGAGCGUGUUAAAGGCUUCUGCCAGGUGGUUGUGGCACAGAAGCAACGAGAGGGUCUGUCCCAUCUCAUCCAGUCUUGUGGCCUUGGAGGAAUGAGACACAACACUGUAAUCAUGGGAUGGCCUAGUGGCUGGAGGCAGAGUGAGGACUCUCGUUCCUGGAAAACUUUUAUCACCACCGUGCGUGUAACAACUGCAGCACGUCAGGCACUGUUGGUGGCCAAGAACAUAUCGCUGUUCCCUGGCUCGCGGGAGCCCCUUGCAGAAGGCCACAUAGAUGUGUGGUGGGUGGUACAUGAUGGAGGCAUGCUCAUGCUUUUGCCAUUCCUGCUUAAACAGCACAAGGUGUGGCGGAAAUGUAGGAUGCGUAUUUUCACUGUGGCUCAGAUGGAGGAUAACAGCAUCCAGAUGAAAAAGGACCUGGCCACCUUCCUCUAUCAUUUACGUAUGCCAGCUGAAGUGGAAGUGGUGGAAAUGCACGACAGCGAUAUCUCUGCGUAUACAUACGAACGCACGCUUAUGAUGGAACAGAGAUCCCAAAUGCUGAGGCAGAUGCGGCUCUCUAAGACCGACCGUGAACGAGAGGCUCAGCUUGUGAAAGACCGGAACUCAAUCCUGCGUUUGACCAGCGUUGGCUCGGAUGAGGAUGAUGACACGGAAGCUGCUCCAAACAAAGUGCACAUGACGUGGACCAAAGACAAGCACCAGUCUGCCCGUGUAAUCCAAAACAAACCAAUGCCCAGUUUCCAGGAAUUGCUGAGCAUGCGACCGGAUCAGUCUAAUGUACGGCGUAUGCACACGGCAGUGAAACUGAAUGAGGUCAUUGUCAAUAAGUCUCACGACGCCAAACUCGUUCUGCUGAAUAUGCCAGGACCCCCGCGCAAUUCACAAGGUGAUGAGAACUACAUGGAGUUUCUAGAGGUUCUAACUGAAGGCUUGGAGCGUGUACUUCUAGUGAGAGGAGGUGGAACGGAAGUGAUAACCAUUUACUCUUAACACUGGACUCCUGCUUAGCUCCAUUUCCACAGCACAUCAUGCCAGCUUGCAUUCGGGAAAAUGACUACUCCAUAUGUAAGGAGCGUUGACUGGAAUCUAGGUUGGAGGGGGGGUGAAACUGCACCUCUUCAUUACCCUUCCAGCCUUUUCAGAGCAAGCAGCUGGAACAAGCUCUCAUCAGCAAAAGGGAUUGGAUUGUGUAACCUUUUAUUUUAGCUUCAGCGAUUGGGGAAACCCUUUUUUAAUGCCAAAGGCAAUCUAUUAUUUGCUGCCAGAGGGGACGAGUGUUGCCGAACGGCCUCUUCCCCACCUGGCACUGAUGGAGAUUACCAAAGCAGCGGACUCUCCUGCAGAACUGUGAAACAGCACACACCACUAUGCAACAGCGAUGCAGCCAAUGCUCGUUUGUAUGUUUUGUCUGCUGGCCCCAUGUUUUGUUUUGUUUUUUGACAUUUUUAAAAUUUUUGGUGAAUGUUGCAGUACUUUAGCAGAUGGUUUCCUUACUCUAGUCAUGGUUCAUACACAUUUGUUGAGAUGGUGCAUUGGCUUUGGGAAACUUUUGCUUUAGUACUCCUUUGUACCAGCACUGAUCCUUGAUUAUGAGUGACAAACCAUUUUGAGUCAGAGAUCCAUGCACCAUAUAGGCUCCCAACGUAACACUCAGGAAGAUGGUGUCGAUUGUGAGAAAAUCCCAGUUGCGUGUAGUGUUUGUCUCUAUGCUAUACGCUGGAUGUAUGGAUUUAGACUACUUGCCUGGUUGCUACACUCCCAAAUUACAAACCUUGAUUCAUAUUAAAAUGCAGCUUAUCUAUUCACAUGUACAAAAGGGAGAACAGCUAGGUCGCUUAAUGUGUAGAAUCUAUUUUAAAUGUUGUCUAAGUUCUGGAGCUGAGCUGCCUUGAAGAGUGGAUACUGCAUCUUCUGGACCAUCCAGGUGACGGUAAGAUCGAGAGAGACCACUGUAGACGUGCCUGACUACACAGAAUGGGCCCAGAACUGUUUAACUUUAAUAUUACUGAAGCUGGAAUAUAGUUAUUUUCCCACACAAAUCAGAUUUGUGAUGGUAGCAACAAACCACAACUUUAAACUAGAUUCUGAAACUGUAAAUACCGCCCUGUCUAAAAACAGUCAUUUGGUUCCUUAACAUUGCAAUGGUUGUGUUGAGGAUGACUCAACUGAACUGUACUAGCUUGUUGCUUAAACUGCAUGGGAAUGCAUUAUAGAUAUUGUAAUGAGUGGCUCUCGGGACGAAGAAGCCAUUGCUACAUCUCUUUGAAGGAGGUGAAAUUUGUACUGGAUCUAAAACGAGCCUGGUUAGUCCCGGUUUCAAGAAUCAGAGUUGCCAAUCCCUGCUUUCGGAAGUAAGGUCGUUUUGUAAACGAAAUAUUUAAAUUUUACACAAAAUGCACUUCACUUGUUCCUUGUGUUUAACUUAAUUUCUAGUUGCUGCCAAUGUAGCUCUCAAAGUCGAAUAGAGUUGAACCACACACUAAAAAAUGGUGAUUUCUUACUGUCCUUGAGUAAUAA